CUUGCAAGCAACCUGUCGGCCACAUGAGCACUGCUGCAACAAAAUCUCGGACGGCUCCGUCCUCGAAUUGGAAGAAGUUAGCUACAACAUUGCAAAAGUCAGAUCAAGUCACAGGCAAGAAGCGAAAACCUUCCACACAAACUUCAACUGCUAACAAGAAGGCAAAAACAAGUCCGGCAUCAGCUGCAACAACAGACAAAAAACCGCCAGCAAAGGACAGUCUCUGGUUUGCCGAUGACAUUGAUGAAGAUGAUUUAAAACGUGCGUAUGGAGGUGGAGAAAAAAUCGUGAAAGAGGACAUUGUGAAGACUAUGGAUGCCACGACGGGUAAAGACGCAAAGCUUGGGAAAUACGUUGCUAUCGAUUGUGAAAUGGUUGGUGUCGGACCAGAUGGCGAAGAGUCUGCACUUGCUAGAGUCAGUUUAGUGAACUAUAACGGAGCGGUUCUUAUGGACGAUUUCGUGAAGCCCCAGGAACGAGUGACCGAUUUCCGUACGGCUGUUAGUGGUAUCACUCCAAAGCAUCUUGUGAAUGCCAUCUCGUUCAAGGAAGCACAGAAAAAGGUGGCGGAAAUCAUCAAGGAUCGUAUCUUAGUUGGGCAUGCUGUUUACAACGAUUUGAAGGCGCUCAUGCUGGAUCAUCCCAGAAUUCUCAUCCGCGACACCAGCCGAUAUAAACCAUUCCGAAAACACUCCAAAGGUCGAACUCCAGGUUUGAAGUUAUUGGUCAAGGAAGUCUUGUCCAUCUCCAUUCAGUCCGGUAGUCACUCUUCUGUGGAAGAUGCUAGAUUCACCAUGUUGCUAUACAAGAAGGUCAAAAGUGACUGGGACCGAUCGCUUGGUAGUCAGAGAAUGAAGGAGAUGAAACUCACCAAAGGAAUCAAAACGAAACAAAACGGCAAGACGGUAACCACAACCAAAACCGUAAGCAUGGCGUCGGCUACAAAAUCGGCCAAUACAGCCGCUAGUGAUAAUGAAGAUGAUGACUAGUUAGUGGUCUGUCAUCUGGAUGUUUAAUGUAUAUCAACUGUAAUUCCCGCCCAGCGUCUUUCUUUCAAUUGUACAAAAACCAGCAUUCACAUAUCUGGACACAUUAGCAUGAAACAUGCUAAUAAUGA